AGACAGUUGAUUCUUUCGUUGACAAUGGUAUAAUAAUACAUGGUGAAGUCUGGGGCUGAGCCUACAGGGUCGCCAGACAAGCAACCUUCUGUCUUGUUCUGUCGACAUCACCGAGCCUUCAAAGUCCGAACACCACCAAGCAGAGAUGGCACCCGCAGCUCUCGUCGCCCCCAGCGCAGCACCAGACUUUACUCCAUCAUGCUCACAGUCCAUCAAGUCGCAUAACCCUAUUGUCACCGCCCUGGAUCUGAACAUUGGAGAGGUGACCGUGGAGAAUCUCCAGAGACUAUACGCUUGCGACGCCGCAACACCCGCAGACGUUGUCCGCGCCACGUACAGGAAAUUACACAGCCAUCUAGACAAGGCAGUAUGGAUCACAUUGGUGCCCGAAUCCGAGGCCUUGGCCGCGGCCGAGCAGUUGGCGCGACAGUACCCUGAACCAGUGUCGAGGCCGCCCUUGUACGGUGUCACCUUCUCGGUCAAGGACUCAAUCGACAUUGCUGGGCUUCCCACGACGCUCGCAUGCCCGACGUACGCCUACACGGCGACGCAGACGGCGCCCGUCGUCCAGCGCUUGGUAUCCGCUGGCGCCAUAUUGAUCGGCAAGACCAAUCUCGACCAGUUCGCUACCGGGUUGAACGGUACCCGGUCGCCGUAUGGGAUCCCGCGCUGUGUGCAUGACAGUGACUAUGUCUCGGGCGGCAGCUCCUCUGGCUCUGUCGUCAGCGUCGCCGCGGGCCUCGUAGCCUUUGCUGUGGCCACCGACACGGCCGGGAGCACGCGCGUUCCGGCGGCCUUGAAUGGUAUGGUGGGCUUGAAGCCAACCCUGGGCACCAUCUCGACUGUCGGGUUGGUCCCGGCGUGCAAAACGGCGGACUGCAUCACCGUCAUAGCCAAGACUGUCCAGUCAGCGCGUAUGGCCUUGAGCACUAUGCGAGCGUAUGAUGAGAACGAUGUCUAUGCACGAGAUGAAGCACAGCUUUCCGUCUUGGCAGCCCAGCCUUCCUGGUGGGACGCGAGCAACAAUGGGAGGGUGCGCUAUGCUCUGCCGCCGCCGGAUGUUGUGUCAGCCGCAUUAUCAGAGCCAUACGCUGCUCUGUUUCAUAAGGUGACGGCCAAGCUGCCGACCAUGAGCUUCAUGGACACUGAGCACGGAGCCGGCUUUGACUAUUCCCCCUUCGCCUCCGCCAACGCAAUGUUGUAUGGUAGCUCCAUUGUCGCGCAACGUCUUGUCGCCUUCAAGUCGUACAUGGACACACAUUCCACGGAGGGCAUGCACCCCGUCGUGCGGGACAUUUUCAGUGCGAGCCAGGGCUUUGACGCCGUGCGGGCGUACGAGGACAUGUUUACCUUGGCCGAGUACAAACGCAAGGCCGCACGGCAGUUCCGCUUCCCUUCUCCUUCCUCCUCUACCGGCCGAGAAGGCAUAGACGUGCUCGUGGUGCCCUCCACGGCCACGCACCCCACGGUCGCCGAGAUCCUCGCGGACCCCAUCGAGCUCAACAAGCGACUGGGCAGCUUCACCCACUUUGUCAACUUGCUCGAUCUCUGCGCCGUGUCUGUGCCCAUUGGGGGGACGUGGACCAGCAGGAAUGGCAAGAAGAUGCCCUUUGGUGUCACCCUCAUAUCGACAUCGGGACGGGACGAGGAUCUGUUGCAGCUGGGACAGCGGUUGAUGAGCGAGAGCUGGGACGAGUCGGAGGGACUCAUCGGAAAUAGUCUACUGUAAGAAAUAGAAAGAACUCUAUACCAAGUCAGUGUCAUACGUACUAUCAACGAAUGAAAUUAAAACCAAAGGGAACAUGAAUC